AUGAGUCUCCGGCUCCCAAGACAUAGACCUGGUGGGUAUCGGAGGGUUGCCAUCCAGCAGGUAGAUACCCUCAAAAUCACGGACGACGAUGCCGCCUUUAUCCUGGGAAAGGGUGGCAAGACCAAAGAGAAGAUCGCACGCGUCUCGGGCGCCGAGAUCGAACUCUUUGAGAGGGACCUGAUUUUGGAGAUCCGCGGUUCGAAGGUUCAACGCCGGCGAGCCAAGAAAUAUUGUGAAGGCGUCAUGGCACAACGCACUGGCCCGGUCAACAUCACCGAGGAGUACAACGAUGAUGACCUGACGAUGCUCAUGGUACCGCAAGAGACGGUCGGCUUCGUCACGGGAAGGGCUGGCAAUUUCCUUCGAACCAUCGAAGAAGAGUGGGGUACUCUGAUGUUCUUCUGUGAAGUGGGUUCUGGACGGCGCGACAAGGACCGACCUGGUCAGAUUGAACGUGCUUUGGAGCCUGCAGUGGAUGUCCUUUUUUUGGAGGACUUCGAGAAGCUGGCGAUCUUCGGCGACAUCCGCGGGCGCCGUGGCGCAGAGCUGAAGGUGCUGAGCGCCAUCGAGACCAAGAGCCCAGGUUACCUGGGGAAGAUCAAGAACGAAGUGAUCGACCGCGACAAGGGAAAGGAUCCUGAAGGCACCUGGUCCACUGACACCAUGACCUUCCAGGACGAUGAGCUCUCGUACGCCUUGGGCAAGCAGGGUGGCACCCGCAAGAAGCUGGAGCGGGCAUCAGGCUGCAUCGUGCAGUACGUGGGCCACACCUGUUUGUUCUCAGGGACCCGGGCGGAACGCCGCCGUGCAAAGGACUACAUGAAGUGGCUCUUCGCCCAAUUAGAAGGUCCCGUUUAUGUGGACGGCUGGGAGGACCGUGACGACUGCUGUGUUGUUCACGUCCCCAGUGACUGCAUCGGUUACAUCACCGGCAGCCGCCGUGCCACCUUGGGCCGGAUGGAAGAGGAGUGGGGAACCCUCAUGUUCUUCAUGACCAAGGACGGCGAGAAGGGCGGCCGCUCGGGGCAGGCGGAGAAGCUCAUCAUCUGCGGCAACGAGCGGGGCCGCAGAGGCGCCGAGCUGAAGUGCAUGAACGAGAUCGAAAAGAAGGCCCCAGGGCACUUCUCGCGCGGCCUGAGGGAGAAGUUGUCAGACUCGCGAGGCUUUGACACUGAUCGCAUGGCCAUCAAAGAAGAUGAGCUCAGCUAUGUCAUCGGUAAGGAAGCUGCGACUCAGAAGAAGAUCGAGAAGGCAGCGGGCUGCAUUCUGCAGUUUGUGGGACGCUAUGCCUUCAUGGCAGGAAUUUUGAAGGAACGAAAAAGAUGCAAGGAGUACAUCGGAUGGCUCCUUCAGCAGCUCAAAGGCGCUGUGACGAUCCCAGAUGUGACGGAUCGGGAAGAUUGCACAGAAAUGCAUAUUCCCGCCAACUGCAAGGGCUGGGUCACUGGCAAUCGCGGUAGCGAGUUGCGUCGCAUGGAACAUGAGACGGCCACCUACAUGUUCAUGGCGCUGGAUGGUCGCGGAGACGAGCGGCUCUGCAUCUUCAGCCACGAAUUGGGCUCCAAAGUCUCCACCACCGGGCGGAUGGCUGCAGAGCGCUUGGUGAACGAGCUCGUGCAGGAGAAGCUGCGCGGCGACGAUGACCGCCGCAGCGACUCCCGGGGGCGCUCCCCGCCGCGGCGCCGUUCCGACUCGCGCCGUCGCUCGCCGCCUCGCUCCCCACCGCGACGGUCGCCCUCCUAUCGGGGCAACAGAAAGGGCCGCCGCGACUCGCGAGCGCGCAACGACUCGCGACGGCGAUGA